GACGAUGGAGAGGAAAACGACACUAUUCCUUUACUUCUUCUUUCUCUACGAAUAUUUGAACAUAUUCAGUCUCAUUACAACGAUUAUGAUGAACUAAUGGCUCAAGAUGUACUGGAACUAUUAGAAAGCAUUGUCCAGUGUCUGGUUCUUCUCAUUGAUCUGGAUAAUGAAGAUGACAUUUUUACAGCAGUAAAAGAUCUGAUAUUGGCAAUAGAAAGGGAUCUCGAAGUGAGAAGGGUCAGGGUGAAAGGUCGUCCGCCGAUUUUAAUUGAAGAAAAUCAACUGCGAUACCUAGUGGACAAUGGUUUUAAAACAAAAGACAUAGCAAGCAUACAUGGGUGUUCAAGAAGAACCAUAGAAAGAAGGAUGAAUAAGUUUAAUAUACAUCACGAAUUCACUCAAUUGUCUGAUGCAGAUUUAGAUCUUGCCGUGCAAGAAAUAUUAUUCAUGUUUCCUAAUUGUGGUGAAAAGACAAUUAGUGGUAGAUUGAGAAGCUCUGGAAUAAUUAUUCCAAGAGAUCGUGUGAGAGAAGCUAUACACAGAGUCGAUCCUAAUGGUGUGCAAAUGCGAUGUAGACAGGUAUUGCAUCGUAGAACAUAUAAAGUUGCAUCUCCUAAUGCUUUAUGGCACAUUGAUGGGUACCAUAAGCUAAUCAGAUGGCGUUUUGUGAUACACGGCAGUAUUGAUGGAUAUAGUAGGCUCAUAACAUUCCUAAGGAUCGCCACAAAUAAUCGUGCCGAAACCGUGCUUCAGUCAUUUGUAGGAGCAGUUGAAGAAUUUGGUCUACCAUCCAGAGUAAGAAUGGAUCUAGGAGGUGAAAAUGCCCUCGUAGCAGCUUACAUGAUUGAGCAUCGUGGUUCUGAAAGGGGCAGUGCCAUCACAGGGAAAAGUGUCCACAAUCAGCGAAUCGAAAGAUUAUGGAGGGACCUGUUUGCCGGCUGCGUUUCUUUCUUUUAUUAUUUUUUCUAUUGGUUAGAAGAUAUGGAGAUACUAGACAUAAACUCACUAUAUGACAUCUGUGCCCUUCACACUGUCUUUAUACCUAUCAUUCAGAAGCAUCUUGACAUGUUUCGCCAUGGGUGGGCUCACCAUAGCAUAAGGACUGAGAAUAAUAAAACACCAAUGCAGUUAUGGGUGUUAGGUUUGAGCAGUAUUGAAGAUGAAAAUGACGAAGCCUUGCUUGGUUUAGAUGUUGAUUCAUAUGGUAUUGACUACAAUGAGCCAGUCCCACUUGGUGACGAUGAAGAAACAGUGGUAUUGGAAGAUGUAGAUAAUUUCAUUUCAGAUGACCAGAGUGCUCAAUUGAAGCAGCUUUUGUCUCCAUUUUCAGAUAAUUAUUAUUCUCAGGAAGGAAUGUUAGCACAGUACACUAUGGCAAAAACUUUUUUGAACAAUAAUUUGUCAUAAACUUUACAAUCAACUUUUUCAAUUGUAAAAAAUGUACAAUUGUACAUGUCUUUAAAUGAGAAUACAUGAAAUGUA